CCCCGCCCCGCCCCGCGCCCCCAGCCCGCCCCGGCCCCGCUGCGGUGCCGCCGCUCCGCUCCCGUCCCGUCCCGUCCCGUCCCGUCCCGUCCCGUCCCGUCCCGUCCCGUCCCGUCCGGUGCCGCCGCGCCAUGAGCAGCUCCCAGUUCAACAAGGGCCCGUCCUACGGCCUCUCCGCCGAGGUCAAGAACCGGCUGGCGCAGAAGUACGACCCGCAGAAGGAGGCCGAGCUGAGGACGUGGAUCGAGAGCGUCACCGGGCGGCAGAUCGGGCCCGACUUCCAGCGGGGGCUCAAGGACGGCGUGAUCCUCUGCGAGCUCAUGAACAAGCUGCAGCCCAACUCGGUGAGGAAGAUCAACCGCUCGGCUCAGAACUGGCACCAGCUCGAGAACCUCUCCAACUUCAUCAAGGCCAUGGUCACCUACGGCAUGAACCCCGUCGACCUCUUCGAAGCCAACGACCUCUUCGAGAGCGGGAACAUGACGCAGGUGCAGGUGUCGCUGCUGGCGCUGGCGGGCAUGGCCAAGACCAAGGGGCUGCAGAGCGGCGUGGACAUCGGCGUCAAGUACUCGGAGAAGCAGCAGAGGAACUUCGACGAGGCCAAGAUGAAGGCCGGGCAGUGUGUGAUCGGGCUGCAGAUGGGCACCAACAAAUGCGCCAGCCAGUCCGGCAUGACGGCCUACGGCACCCGGAGGCACCUCUACGAUCCCAAGAACCAGAUCCUGCCGCCCAUGGACCACUCCACCAUCAGCCUCCAGAUGGGCACCAACAAGUGUGCCAGCCAGGUGGGCAUGACGGCUCCCGGCACCAGGAGACACAUCUACGACGCCAAGAUGGGCCUGGAGAAGUGCGACAACUCCUCCAUGUCCCUGCAGAUGGGCUCCAACCAGGGGGCCAACCAGAGCGGCCAGGUCUUCGGCUUGGGCCGCCAGAUUUAUGACCCCAAGUACUGCCCCCAGGGCAACCAGAGCGACGUGGCCAACGCCACCUGCGACCAGAGCAUGGACCCACCUGGGUACCACUACUACCACGAGGAGGAGAGCUACUGAGCGGGACGCCGUCGUCCCCAGCCCCGUCCCGUGCCAUCUCGUAUGCAGACCCCGCUGCCAGCAACAUUCCAGUAUCUCUCCUUUCAUCCUUCCCUCUUUUUAUAACUCUUUUUUAAUGAAUCUAUUUUUCUGAGCAAAGAAAUGAAGACCCUGUUUCUAGAGAAGAGAGUGGCCGUUUCGUGCAGCCCUUGGGAACUGUGACUGUCCCACGUCCAGCCCGGGAGCCUGCGGCUGGAAGGAGGCGGAUGCUCGAGUGCCGCGGAGUGGACAGUGUCUUUUCUUACGCAGUCAAGAAGACGUGUUUCGACCCAGCGUCCACUGAACGGCCCCCGCAGCUCUUCUCGUGUGACAGUGCCCGGAUGUCCUUGGCAAGGAGGGGGUGGCAGCCGGCCCUGUGGCCUCGGGCAAAGUAAAAUGUGCCGCCACUGCCACGCGCGGGCAGGGUUUGUCCGAGGCUGCGCUCUCGGGGUCGUUCCCGCACGGGGCGAGGGGUCACGGCGGCCGGGUGCGUCCCGGAGAGCACGGCCAGGGGAUGGCAGAGGCAGCGGGUGAGCUCGGCCGCCCGGCUCUGCUGUGCCUCUGCAUCCCUCCCUGCUCCUCGCAGGGACCAGCCGUGCUUUUCCUGUGUGUGUGAGUGUGUGCGUGAGUGUGUGCAUGUGUGUGUGUGGUUUCUUUAAUGCCAACAGUGAAGCUCUCGGCAGGCUGCUCUCGUGUAAUUCUCUAGAAAAAAAGCAAAGCUGGAAACGUGAGUUUUUCUCGAGAACUCUUAGGGACCAAGUUUCUGAUGCUUCAGUCUCUGCUGCAAACAGUCCCGGCUGCGUGCCUCCUCCCGCCCCCGCGCCCCAGGGUUUGGGGUCUGCAGAGCUGCCGCCGCGGUGGCGGGGGCUGGGAACCCGCACGCGGACGGUGACCGCGGCGCUGCUGACGAGCAGUAACUCGUUAAGCCGCGGUCAUUCGAUCGCCUGGCAGACUGGUCCGCGGCCCCGCGCUGCGGAGGAGUCUGGGGGUGCGCGAGCCUCCUCGGCGGCCUGGGGGGCUGGGGGUGCGGGGUGCCUUUGCACAGCCUCUUGCUGUGGCAGUAGGGUUCUUAAAAUCAUGUGUUUUUAAUACAGAUGCUCUUAUGGUGAAA